AUGUAUUUACGCACUAAUUCAUCAGCUCCCUCCUUUAAUGCGCAGCUGCCUACCCCACCUCUCCGAAUCAUCCGUGAAUCAAACUGUGGCGGUAACGACCACUGUACGAAUAGUACGCUGUUAUUACAGCUGACACGUGUCCAGGGCGAAGUUGCUUCACCUGACGUACCCAUGUAUCCAACUGUACAACGACUCUGUACGUGGCGUUACCCAUACAACAGAAAACAAAAAAAUCGUUCAGCUGUAGCACCCUUCCGGUGCCUAGCUGCCAUGCUACCCGAAGGAAGCACGAGGGCUUGGAUACUGCCAGGUUGCUUAAGCCUAGACAGGGGAAGUCGAGAUGCAGCGGUCGGGUUCGAACCACGGACCUUGCGGUCAGUAAAUUCGCGCUCUAACCGUUUGAACCAUCUCGCCCCCAUACCCAUACGGCCCUUCAUAUGGACGGACAAGCGACACAGAGGCAACUGUUUACUGGUAUCCAGUCAAGCUGGAUGGCUCAAGUGGUUAGGGCGCGAAUUUACUGACCGCAAGGUUUGUGGUUCGAACCCGACCUCUGCCUCUCGACUUCCCCUGUCUAGGCUUGGGCAACCUGGCAGUAUCCCAUCCCUCGUGCAACCUUCAGGUGGCAUGGCAGUUAGGCAGCGGAAGGGUGCUACAGCUGAACGAUUUUUUUAUCCAGUCAAGCAAGGGAGGUCCGUGGUUCGAAUCCGACCCCCGCCACUCGACUUCCCCUGUCUAGGCUUGGGCAACCUGGCAGUAUCCCAGCCCUCGUGCUUCUUUCGGUUGGCAUGGCAGCUAGGUACCGGAAGGGUGCUACAGCUGAACGAUAAUUUUCUAAUCGUUUCUGUCGCAAUCGACGCUCUUCUGGUCGAAAUGCCCCGAGAUUACACAGAACCCGAGAAGGCGCUCAAAAAGGAGUUAGCUACUCUUAGAAAAAUGAAACGCACGUUGACCGAAAUAAGUCAGAUAAAGAGAGAGGAGAAACCACGUGCGGCCGGUAAAACUGGAGAGAAAGCCAAAGAAGAAGCAAUGGAAUUACUGCGCUCCGGUGCCAUACAAAUAGCCGAUAAGAAGGAGCGGCACACUUUCAAGCGUAGACCAAAGGAUCCAGAGGAGGAAGAACCCGGACGAACUCCGACCAAAUCUGCUCCACGAGAUAAACAGCUACUUUAUGGAAACUUUCUGCGUGGUCCAAAACUAAUGCCGGCCAACACAGAAGCCAAGGAAGAUCGUUCUGAGGAAUUCAGUUCGAAACCACCGCUCAUAUCUUCCGCUCUUGAUUGUAGUGUAUCAAACCCCCAAUAUAACACGGAAUCUCUGGCUACGAAACGAAAGCAACAACUUCUAACUUUGUCAGAAGAUGAAGAUGAAGCUACGGGAAAUCAUACGAGCUCAGUUACGGAUGCACCUGCCGAUCCUGGGCACUCUGGCGAAUCCCCGAAAUCAUCUGACACUACGCUUUACGUGGGAUAUCACAAGGUGACAGAAGGGUUCAUCCAGAAAUUGCUCCAACCGGUUGGGCAUAUUGUUCGAAUCAAAAUUAGUGAGCAUCAAAACCACGCAUAUGUCACAAUGGCAACUCACGAAAUGGCACAAAAAGCCAUAGAGCUUGAUCAUCAGAUGGUGGAUAAUCGGCUGCUGCGCGUUGGAUUUGCUCGGCGGCAGUGCUCAAGGCCUCGACGUGAUCCCCGUCCCUUGGGACCUUUUUCCCCAAAAAGCGGUUUUGGUCGUCGAAACUGUCCCCCCGCUUCAUACAAUUCAGUUCCACCGACAGAAGUGUCACGUGAUCUGGUCACCUAUGAAGAUUUGGAUUACGGUGACCAGUGAAAUUAAACGCUCCUUCUUUUUGUGUGUACAUAUGUACCUAAUGU